CCUUCUUCUCAAAAUUUCGGCUUUAUAUCAACGGCAUUAAGUUGUGCAAACUGGACUUAUGUUAAACUGUUAUUUAAUACUACCAGAUUGACUGCUUUUCACACUUGACCUAGCUAGCCCUUUAGCCAACCAGCUAAUGUGAGCUAGUUUAUGUUUACACAGCUAAAUGGCUAUCAAUGAAUUACAAAUAUGCUGUUUUGAUGAUAAAUAGCUGUCGGUGUUCUAUUUGUUGCCGCGUAUUGUUUGUUUACAUCGUUGGAUUGCAAGUCAAUCUCGAAGAUGCUUGCAUCUUUUAGUAGGAAAUUUUCGAACGACGCGAGGCGGCUGCUCGGUCCACCGGCCUUGACGUUGCCUAAUUUGGGGAGUCGUCUAGGGGAAAAUAACACGGAAUGUCGCGGGGAACGGCGGCAAAUAGAUCCUCAUUUGUCGGAAUAAAUCUAUAUUGUGAUAAAUGUGGUGCCAAUACAAAUUGAGGUCGCUUCAAAAUUGGAAACGAGCGCACCCUUAAUUUCGGAUGGCUUUAAAUUCCAAAAUCGCCGUUUGGCGAACGCGCCUUCCAUUUUCAUUGUCGAGGUGUUUGGCCAGCUUCUUAGCUGUUAGCCAUUAGCUAGGUCGUUCGGUAAACAGACAUUUCGUCGAAGGUAGCUGUAUUUCAUGAUUGAAUUUAGAGACUGGUAACUCGCAAAAUGUCGGUUAUUACUUGCAGAUAUCAAAUCCGAUACUUGAAAUAUGCAGAGAUCGUGAAAUGAAUGGAACUUUUUAUCGACCGGAGAAUUUACAUAUGAGCGCGCCGAAGAUCCUGUUACAUUGUGUCACCUCGCGGGAAAUAACAUUUCUCAAAUAAAUGAGUGGAAACAGUUAUUCGCAAAGAAAUGCAACUAUCAACAACGUGUUUUCAAACGCUACAAAGUCCAUAGGGGUAUUGUAUGCGUUUUUACCAGUUCACUUUCAAAUCGUCGCACAUCUGGCGUUUUCAGGUCUUUGCAGCCCACACAACAGUCCCUGCACUAUGUAAACAUCUCUUAAAAAAUAAACGGCCAAGCUCGCAAACCCUUCACACGCGCUUUUGGCGGUAGGAGUGUUUGAGUAAGUUGUUGGCUACAUGGUCCGCGUAUAUAGUAAAAUGUUCAAUAGAGCAUUUAUAGUAAAAAGUAUGUAUUCAAUGGCAAGGCUAAGUUAAUCCGUUUGGGACCGCUUAGGUGAGGUGUUUUUUUGUUUGUUGUGGGUUUUUUUGUUCAAAAGUGGAGCUAGUGAGGUUUACUGGCAAGUAUUUCUGCAGAAUAUGUGUAGGCCUAAACAAUCACAUUUCACAGUCAGUGUUGACUUGAAGAAGAGAACAAAACCUGAUUAUUCUGUUAAAUCCAUGCAUAUCAGCAGUAUUUUGAGUAGGAUAAAUAAUUUAUUUGCAAAAUAGUUCAAUUUUACAUUUCUGACUUUGAAAGGAUAGAAUCAAUAUGAACACAUCUGUUCACAGAUACUAAUUUAGUUGAUGCUUUAGAGAUGUACUUUCAAUCUUCAAACACUCUCAUAAUAAUGAACAAUAUAAACUCAUGCCACACUCUGUAUGUAUUUCCAUCAUUUCCAAUGUUUAAAGGAAAUAAAAAAAUGCUAAAAUUACUACAAUUGAAAUUAUACAAUCUCAAUCCUAGAUAUUAACAUCUGGAGGUAGCAUAGAGCAACUGCUGCCCCUCCUCAACAUGCCAAAAUAAAUAGGUAAAACAAUGCUCUCAACAUGGAAAGGAUCUGCCUCGCCAGCCAUGAAUAUGUUUGCCUGUGAAUGUAAACAACAGCUGACAGACAAGCGUAGUGGAAAUGCAGGGUUUUUUCCCCCCUUUUCCUCUCCUCUGUGCGUGCGUGUGUGUGUGUGAUGCUGGACCCAUCUGGCAUUUCGCUACACAGUUCUCGGCAGACUCGGUGAGGCUAACGCAUCCAGAUGGCCCGGCAUUGGUGCCCGUGGGUUAGGGUACCUACCCUGAGGGCACGGCGUCUCGCUCUCAUUGGUGCAGCAAGACUCCCCCGUGUGGGAUGAAAGGGUAGUCUGACUGAGGUGUCACCCACACCUCACGCCAUAAGAAGGGAAUACGCAGUGCGAGGGAAGGAGGGGGAGGGGUGAGGAGUGGAAGGCUGCUGGAGGCCUCGAAGAGCUUCAGUGAUCAAAAAAAGGAAAAGGAAAACAAAUGCUUGCUGACUUAUAAACUUUAAAUCUUUUAGCACCUGCCCCGAACAGUGGCUCGUUUUUAUAUUUUUUUGUAUUUUUUAUUUGUUAAUUUUAUUAUUUUCGUGCACAUUUCCCCUUAAAUUUGAAUAAUGGCCAUUUUUGUGCAGAGCCAUGAAAUUUGAGUCACUGGGCUGGAAUAAUGCUCAAUCACACAACAUAAGUGGGGCAAUUGUUCUGCUUAGUAAGUCAAUCAUUUAUCAUCUGAGCAGACGUGAAUCACUGACCAAUGUGUGGUCUUUGUGGUUGAAUUGACUUGCUCUGGAUGAACGUAAUAGAAAUGGGAAGUCAUCCUACUCCACCCUCAAUUUUUUGUAUUAUUAUUAUUUUUUAAAUUAAUUUCAUUUGUUACUUUUUUCCUUUUUGACAUUUUAUUUGUGUAGAUUUGAAACAGGCUAGAAAUAGGGUUCAACAAGGUCAAAGGGGAAACUGCAUAAUGGUAUUCCAUUCAGACAGAAUGUAGGUCUGCUCCAAGUGACCAGACAGGGCCUGGACGUUCACACACAUUCUGCGCUUGAGGGGUUGGAAUUGAAUGGCCAAGAGGAGAGAAUAUCUGUGAAUUCAGUGCCCAGGCCGAGGAGGACAACGAGGACCCGAUCGAAGACGAGAGGGACUACGGACUAGCCCAGGACCUGUCCGACACGGGCUUCCGGAGUCACCUGAGCAACAGUGGGAUGAUGGGCCACGACCACGACGGCCAGAACGACAAGCAGAAAUCCCCGCACGGAACCGAAGACGCCUGGGACCGACCCUUCAAGUGUGACCAGUGUGACCGCACCUACAGACACCACGGUAGUUUGGUGAACCACAAGAAAUCUCAUCAGGAGGGCGCAUUCAAGUGCACCAUUUGUUACAAGCAGUUCAAUAACUUGGCUGCUCUCAGCGCGCACGAGCGCACCCACUCCAAGUUCAAGCCUCCGGGCUUGAUGAGCGACGGCUCUCUAGACCAGUCAGAUAGCCGACACAACGACGACAUGGCCUCCUGCUUCUGCCACCUCUGCCAGGUAGCCCUGCCCAACAAAACUGACUUUCAAGAGCACAUUCUCUUGCAUAACGCAGCCUCCUCCUCCCUGGGGCUGACCCGGGGCUUCCCUGGCAUUGUGCCGCAUAACCUGAGCACCGUCCGGUCCCCCGGGGUGCACCCAUACACCCCCGCCCUGGGCGACCCCCUGCCCCUGCCCCCACUGCCCGACAAGCGCUACGACCAGAUGCUAGGCCCCCCAGUAAACAACCCCAUAUACACGUGCGCCUACUGUGGCGCAGGCCACCCAGACUUAGAGAGCCUCAAGGUGCACUACCUGACCCAUGACCCACACCCCCCGCCCCAUACCCAGGACGGCCCGUCCAUUCUCAACACUGACAGCCUGGGAUCUAACUCCCAGCCCUCUGUGUCCUCCCCUGGUGCAGGUGAGUCCCGUGGCGGCGGCGGCAGCAGCAGCCAGCAGCAGUCGUCCUCAGCCGACGACGGUGACCGACGCUUCAAGUGCAACGAGUGCGGCAAGAGCUACCGCCACGCCGGCAGCCUGGUGAACCACAAGCGCUGCCACCAGACCGGCCACUACCAGUGCACCAUCUGCUGCAAGCAGUACCCACACCUGGCCGCCCUGCACAGCCACCUGCGCAGCCACAAGGGCCGGCCCGGCUCCGGUUCCGGCAUGAACAGCGAGGGCGACUGGCUGUCUCCCGAGCCCCUCACCCUGGACUCCCAGCAGGGCUUCGUCCAGUCCCACGACCAGGGCAGCGGGGCUACCACGCCCAUCUCCCUGCCAGGCAACCUGGGCGACGCGGCCCACUUCGUGUCGGACGGCGGCCACAGCAGCGGCCUGGACUCGCUGGAGUUCCACGACCGCUUCGACGGCGCCUCCCUCUCCGGCAGCGGCAACCGGCAGGCCGACCGGCACAUGUGCGCCGACUGCGGCGAAAUGUACUCUGACAUCUCGGGCAUCAAGUCCCACAUGUGCCCGCAGCGGCGGGGAAGCGGCAUGUCCAACGGCUACAUGGGCUACCACGGCCAGGGCGGCUCCAUGCCCAGCGGCAGCAUGAAAGACUGUGGCGGCCAGCGCGGAGGCCAAGACCAGAUGCAGUACAGCGGAGGAGGAGGAAGCAGCGGAGGCCGAGGAGGAGGCAGCCAGUCCCAUGGAGGAGGACACGGAGGCAGUGGAGGUGGCGGCGGAGGCAAGCGCAUGGACAACAAGGGCGGUGACGACGAAGACGACGGCGAGGUGUACCAGUGCUCGGUAUGCGGCAACCACUACGCCAGCCUACGGGCGCUCCGCAGCCAUCUCCGCAGCCACGGGAACGUGCCGGGUGCCGGGCAGGGAGCCGGGCCCUCCAACCUGUCCCCCACCAGCGAGCAGGAGUGGCGCCGGCAGCGGGAGAGCGGCGAGAGCGGGGGCCUGAUGAUCUGCAGCACCUGUGGCCAGAGCUUCAACCGCAAGCAAGACCUGGUCAAUCACCAGCAGCUGGUGCACGGCAUCACCCCGCGAGAGGGCUCCUCCGGCAUGAGCGGCUCGGGCUCCUCCAGCAACGGCAAGAUGGACGGCCGCAACAUCUGCAUAGACUGCGGCAAUCUGUUUGCCGACCGCCACCACCUAGUCACUCACCUGUGUCCGGGCAAGCCGGCUAGAGGCGGGGGGAAGGGCAUGAAUGGGUCAAAGGGCAUGUCAGGGGGUGCGAGCACCAGCAGUGGGCUCCGGUCGAUUGGCGAUGGAGAAAAACCCCACAGGUGCGACCAGUGCGGCAGAUGCUACCGGCACCCCUGCUCUCUGCUUAACCAUAAGAAGUCGCAUAAGACUGGCGUCUUCCGAUGUCUGGUGUGCCAGAAACGCUACUACAACCUGCUGGCCCUCAAGAACCAUCAGAGGACCCACUUUGACCUUAAAAGGCACAAGUGCGAGGAGUGCGGCAAGGCUUUCAAGAUACAGAAGCAGCUGGUGAACCACCUGAGAUUCCACGAAGAACAACGCGCCAAAGGCAUGAAUCCCAACGGCGGACGCUACGAGGGAGGGCAGGGCUCCCAGAUGGGCAACAUGGGCAACCAGGGCAAGUACCAGCAGAACCCUGGCAAGUACCACCACGGCGGCGGUGGGGGCCAUGGCGGGCACAGCGGGCACGGCAGCCACAUGCACCACGGAGGUGGCGGACACCAGGGCUUCAAGAAGCCCUACGAGGGCGGCCCGGGCACCUCUCGCCCCAUCAACCCCGACGAUCCCGAGGGCCGCCGGCCCUUUGCCUGUGACCAGUGCGGCCGCACGUACCGCCACGCCGGCAGCCUGGCCAACCACAAGAACCUGCACAAGACGGGCGAGUACCACUGCAACGUCUGCAACUCCACCUACCCCAACCGCCUGGCCAUGAAGAACCACCUGCGCAUGCAUUUCGCCAUGAAGAAGUUCACCUGCCCCGACUGCGGCCGCGGCUUCCGCACCCAACGCCAGCUGGAGACCCACACCACCAACCAGCUGUGCAAAGACCUGCCGGGCCCCAGUGGCAUCGCUGACUACGAGUGCGACGGCUGCGGAGAAGGCUUCAGCACCGCCACCGAGCUGGCCUCCCACGACUGCCAGAUGCCGUCCUCCUCCGCCAUGAACAUGAGCGGCGAAGGCGAUGAUCCGGACGCGCGCCCGUUCGCCUGCGACCUGUGCGGCUGCAGCUACAAGCACGCCAGCAGCCUGCUGAACCACAAGAACACCCACAAGACGGGCGACUUCAGCUGCACCUUCUGCGACAAGCCCUACACCAACUACAUGGCCCUGCGCAACCACAUGCGCAUCCACACCCAGAAGAAGCGCCACAUCUGCAACACCUGCGGCAAAGCCUUCCGCCUGGCCCGCUUCCUCCGCAACCACCAGAGGGUCCACGAGGAGGGCCACACCCGUUUCGGCUGCCCCAGCUGCGGGAAGAGCUUCCAGGGGAGGUCGGGCCUGGCCAGGCACCGCUGCGGGGACAACCAGGUAGGCAAGGAGGGCAGGAGGAAGGCCGCGUCAAACGAGGGAGAAGAGUGCCGGUUCACAUGUGAUCAGUGCGGCCGCUCCUACCGUCACGCCAGCUCCCUCCUCAACCACAAGAACACCCACACCGUCGGCAUCUACCACUGCGCCGUGUGCCUCAAGACCUACUCCAACCUGCUCGCCCUCAAGAACCACCGCCGCAUCCACUCGGAGACGCGGCGCCACCGCUGCCCCGAGUGUGGCAAGGCCUUCCGCGUGUCCUCGCAGCUGCAGAACCACCGCAAGGUGCACCUGAAACAGCGCGAGCUGGUGUGCACGCUGUGCCAGCGCAGCUUCACCAGCCAGGCCAGCUUCCGACUGCACCAGGAGAUGCAGCACGGCAUCGCGCGCCCCAAGCCCCAGCACCACUCCCACCACUCGUCCUCCCACGGAGGUAGUGGGAGCGGAGGGGGCAGCGGGGACCUGGGUUGGGGCUCUGGGCUUGACCUGACGCUCAUGCAAGCCCAGGGCCUGGACCCAAACGGGCUGCCCAAGCUCACGCCUUCCCUGCACGGCUCCGGAGGCAGCGGCCGUGACGGGGAGGCGUCCAUGCGCGGCAAGGCGCACGUCUGCAACCAGUGCGGGCGCGCCUACCGGCACGCCAGCUCGCUGCUCAACCACAAGAACAGCCACAAGACGGGCACCUACUUCUGCAACUCCUGCCAGAAGGAGUUUUCCAACCUCAUGGCGCUCAAGAACCACCGGCGCAUUCACACGGAGCCCAAGCGCUACCAGUGCCCGGACUGCGGCAAGUCCUUCCGCGUCUCCACGCAGCUCAUCUGCCAUCGGCGCAUCCACACCAAGGAGAAGCCCUUCUCCUGCCAGCAGUGCGACAAGCGCUUCUCCAGCAAGUCCAACCUGCGCCACCACCAGAAGGUGCACUGGAGCAGCCCGGCGCCCACCUCCAACACCAACACCACCAGUCUCAGCAGCAUGGGCGCCGCCAACUACCUGGGUAUGCCCUCAGGCCCCUUCAUAUAGCCCAAACACACAGAUAUUUCUAUAAAUACACACAAACGCACGCACACAGAGCACUCACUCACUCACAUGCAACAUGUGUCUGUGGUGGAUGGCUGUGUGAGUGUGUGAAAGCGAGUUUUUUAAUUUUUUAAUGGUUGCAGGGAGAGAUGGGGGAGAAUGGAGCGUUGUGUGGAUGUCCGUUCUUUUCUUUUUCUCUGUGGGUGGAUAUCAGUUGUGUUUUUCAGUUACUCUUGCCCGCCCUUCAUUUUGUUCUAUUUAGUUAUUAUUUGACCAUUUUUUUGUCUUUUUUUGGGAGGUGCCAAAAGUCCCUUUGACCCCCUCCCCUCCCCCCACCUCCUCUUUCCACUCUCCUCAUCCACCACCACACAUCUCAAGUAGCAGCUAAAGCCUUCCCAGUCUCACUGUAGGACUCUCACGGUAGAGCACAGCAUUCUGUGUAAAACACAGCGUGCACCAAUUAUACCCACACACACAUGUUCAUACACAACACCCAGGAGAGGCAACCAUGGACUGUCCAAACAGAAAACAGAGAGGGUUGGGGGUGGUUGCGCGCUUGUGUGCACGUGUGUGUUUUGGAGAGGGCAAAAAAAGGGGAUUACGAAUACCCUUUAGGACUCCGGUGGCUUAAAUAAACUCAGGUUGGACCUGCAUGUGCCGAGGCACACACGCACACAUCUAAAAAACCUCAUCCCUUAUGGUGGCGACUGACCGACUUUACCUCUGCAUUCCCUUUGCCUGAGGGGCGGCCGCCUCGUAAGAGGCCCCCACUUUGGAUAAAAAUGCCCCACGGUCGGCUCUUUGUUUGCUUUUUCUGUAGGGCAAGCUUUAGACCUACAUUUGGGGGCCCUUAAUAUGAACUGGGUUUUUAAAGCUGCACACGGUUAAAAACAAAAACGCGGGAUAAAGGAGAAAGGACUUGUCGGUUUUGUGACGCGACACUGGCGUGAAGCUGGUCUUGAGAGCCUGACUUAUAACUGUCAGCAAAAAGGGGGACAAACCCCCAAACGUAAAUGCCGAUGCCUUUUUAUUUUGUUUGUGUGAUGGUGGAGGAGGAAGAGGUGGAAGUGACUUCACUGUUAGCAUCUCCAAGUCUCAAUCAAUGAAUAUUACCAUGGAGUUAAAAACGAAAAAUCACCUCCCAAUCUGAUCAGGUGUACAAAAUAUUUCCGUUUGUAAAACGUUUCUUGUCAUCACAUUUCAUCCCACACUGUCCAAUUUUACCUUGACAAAAAGCCUUGUGCAUACUGCGUUUCCUCUGCGUACAUAUAUAAAUAUAUAAAUAUCUAUAUUACGAAAGAAAUCAUGGUAAUGACUAACAACUUCCAAAACGAUGAAAAAAGGAGAAAAAAACAUGUAGGCACUAGUAAUGUUAUUUGACAUUGUAUAGUGUUCUUUCUUAAAAAAAAAACAGUUGUGGACAGAGGUUAUCGUAUUAUGUUUGUGUAGAACUGUACUGAGGGUGGGGGUUGGUUUUUUUUUCCUUUUAAGGGUUGUUCUUUUUUGUUUAGUUUCUUUUUUUUUCUUUUUUGUAAUCCCUUUGAUGUUCUAAUUUUUUCUAACUUGUGUGUUUUUUGCAGCACGAAGAUGAGCUUCAAACCUUAUAAUUCUGCAGAUGACAGCAUUGCGCUUAUUGGGUUCGACGUGUACCUUCCUUUUAUUUACAUUUGUUGCUCUGAACCCAUACUUCUAAAACCUGCGCCAAAACUAGUUAGUGUAUAGAAAGGAUAGGUUGUGCUACAAAAAAAUAGGAAAAACUACAAAGGAAAAAAAAAGAAAAUGUAUAUUGAUAGGCCUGUGCCAGCAUUUGGUUUUACCUUGUAUUGUAUCGUACUUCUCACUGUAUUAUUUGCAGGAAGACUUUUAUAUAAAAAAAAGGAUCACUGUAGUACGCGUUUUAUUUAUAUUAACACUUUGAACUGAAAAGAGAAAAAAACGCUAGUUUUAGAUCCCCCUCUCCCCCUCCCUUGUUAGGAGAUGUGUCGUACCAGAUCUUGCCCCGACCCUCAACCCUCCCCCCUGCUUUCUUCAUCUUAGCUCGCUUCCUGUGACUUGCAUACUUCGUAUACACAUGACACGGAGUCGGAGAUGCCGGACUCCUUAUGAACACUCGUUACAGUGACUGUGGCCUCCAUCCUCUAAACUCUUUGUUAUGCUUUUAAAGAAGAAGAAGAAGAAGACGAAAAAAAAAUGUUGUCUGUCCCUUGUACAAUAAAUCAGGGGAGCGUUAUAAUGUGUGUUUUUUGAUUGCAGUACGAUGAGUAUUAAACGGAUCACUGUAAUGUUUUCUUGCCUUUCUCACACGUGAUGUCGUGGCGGUUCUAUCCCCCUCUAAUAUGCCCCAGUUCCCUACCCUCCCUGUUAAAAAAAAUACACCAGCCCCCAAUCCCCCUUGUCAGAAUUGGACUCUCUGUUCCACGCUAUAAGCUCACACUUUUAAGGGAUGACUUUGUGAACUAUUGAUAAAGAAAAAAAGAAUCAUUCAGUCGACCAUAUUCUAGGUUUUUUUUUCUGUUUUGUUACACCUUUUACCGUAUCCCUUGUAUUUAUUAGUAUUUCUUUUAUUUAAUUGCGUUUGACUAUUUGAAGCUUCACGUGAAGAGCUUUUGGACCUGGGAGCACUGGUGCUAGGAAGUCAAUUCUAUUUUGAGUGGCAGUGAUGUUCAGAGGAGUUUUGUGAACACGAGUAGAGCACAGGAAGAUUGUAUAUUUAUGUACUCAAACCUUCAAAAUUUGUUCCCAUUUGGAUGGUUCAAAAAAGAGAAAAAAGAACGUACAAACGCUUCCAAGUUGCAAAAAUGGCUAGUUUCGAAAAUGGAUUGGGACUUUGAACGAAUAUAAAUAUGUAUUUUUAAGUUUUAACUUUUUUUUUCCUCCUUCAUGCAUAUAUAUAUGUAAUGCUGACUAUACACUUUUUUUAAACUACAUUUUGAUAAUUCAUUUCCUAACAGAACCUGUUUGGAUUAUAACCUUAAUGCUCUCAAGUAAUGAAAAUAAAUAGCUAAAAAAAAAGUCUUGGCCAGUUCAAGUGUCGUUGCUGAGAAGUUUGUCACCCACUCACCACCCGUCAACUUUUGGCUGAUAAUUUCAGGUCAACCACCAAAUCUGUUAAUUCCUAUGCCAAAGUUGUCAUGAAGGUUCCUCUGAUGGAGCCCUUUGCUCUAUCUAUCUGUUAGGCUUGUAUUGUACUGGCUUGGUGUUUUGACCCUGAUGAUGUCAGAUCAAUAUUUGGUACGCUCAUCUCUAUUUAAGAACCCACCUGCCUUCCAAAGUAAUAAAGGCCCAGAGCGAAAACAAGGUAGGCGGUUACCAUAUUCUACGGGAUAAAUCUGUUUAAAUUGGUAAUUUUUUAUUGUUCUGGUAAAGUGUUCAUAAAGCUCAUUGGAUAAAAGUAACAAGCAUCGCUAAUGGUUAAUGGCAAUGUCACACUUUGGUUAUUUUUCACAACUGUAGAUAAUGUUGAUGUUUUUUUUUCGGUAUGCAGCAUCUUAGUAGAAUUGGGUGUUCUGCAAGGGGAUGUUGAAGUCAUUUAUGGAAAUGGUGAGUGAAAAAUGUCAAGAUGUAUCCAGAAUGGUUGGUGAAUACUAAACCAGGACUAGUUUGUAGAAAAUAGUUGUGUGUGUGUUUU